CGGUGCCGCCCGCCAUGGCCGCCCCCGCGCCGCGGCCCUGACCGACCCCGCUCCGCCCGGCCCCGGCACCGCCCGGCCCCCGCACCGCCCGGCCCCGCCGCCGACAUGGGCACCGUGCACGCCCGGAGUUUGGAGCCUCUUCCCAUGGCUGGGCCAGACUUUGGUGCCUUGGGAGAGGAGGCUGAACUGGUUGAAGUCGAACCUGAGACCAAGCAGGAAAUUCUGGAAAACAAAGAUGUGGUGGUUCAACAUGUGCACUUCGAGGGACUUGGAAGGACCAAAGAUGACAUUAUCAUGUAUGAAAUAGCUGAUGUUUUCAAGGCUAAAAAUCUCAUUGAUGUCAUGAGAAAAUCACACGAAGCUCGUGAAAAGCUGCUUCGUUUAGGAAUCUUCAGACAGGUGGAUGUUCUGAUUGACACCUGUCAAGGAGAUGAUGCCCUUCCAAAUGGUUUAGAUGUGACCUUUGAGGUGACAGAAUUGAGAAGGUUAACUGGAAGCUAUAACACCAUGGUUGGCAACAAUGAAGGCAGCAUGGUCCUCGGGCUCAAGUUCCCAAAUCUCCUUGGGCGUGCAGAAAAAGUCACCUUCCAGUUCUCCUAUGGAACAAAGGAAACUUCAUAUGGCCUGUCCUUCUUCAAACCCCGGCCUGGAAACUUUGAAAGAAAUUUUGCAGUUAAUGUGUAUAAAGUGACUGGACAGUUCCCUUGGAGCUCUCUCCGUGAAACAGAUAGAGGAAUAUCAACAGAAUGUAAUUUUCCAGUCUGGAAGACCAAUCACACCGUGAAGUGGGAGGGUGUGUGGAGGGAGCUUGGCUGCCUUGCUAGAACAGCGUCCUUCUCUGUUCGAGAAGAAAGUGGACACUCUCUUAAAUCCUCUCUCUCUCAUGCCAUGGUAAUUGAUUCCAGGAACUCCUCAAUCUUGCCAAAACGAGGUGCUUUGCUGAAAAUCAAUCAGGAGCUGGCUGGUUACACAGGUGGAGAUGUGACCUUUCUAAAAGAGGAUUUUGAGUUUCAGUUGAAUAGGCAACUUCCCUGGGACUCGGUCUUUUCAACGUCACUCUGGGGCGGAAUGUUGGUGCCUAUUGGAGACAAACCAUCCAGUAUAGCUGACAGGUUUUACCUCGGAGGACCAACGAGUGUGCGUGGGUUCAGCAUGUACAGCAUUGGACCCCAGAGUGAAGGUGAUUACCUGGGAGGAGAAGCCUACUGGGCUGGGGGUGUUCACCUGUACACCCCUCUCCCUUUCCGGCCAGGCCGUGGAGGCUUUGGAGAUCUUUUCCGGACACAUUUCUUCCUUAAUGCUGGGAACCUCUGCAAUCUUAACUAUGGUGAUGGUCCCAGAGCUCACCUGAAGAAGCUGGCAGAGUGUAUCCGCUGGUCUUACGGGGCCGGAAUUGUGCUCCGACUGGGAAACAUUGCCAGGCUAGAACUUAACUACUGCUUCCCCAUGGGAGUACAGGCUGGGGACAGGAUAUGUGACGGUGUUCAGUUCGGAGCAGGAAUAAGAUUUCUAUAAUACAGAAACAUUUUACAUCACUAAAUGAAAUUGUGCUCUGUCAUUGAAAUCAAGGCUAUAAUAUACUUUGAUAAGGUCUGACUUUUUUCCUUGAAAUACAGAUACACAUCUGAGUGAUUUACCUCUUGGACUCCCCAAGAAACUACAUUAAAUAAUUAUGCUGUAAAGGUUCAUUGUACCUCUGAUUCUUAUCAAAGCUGGGAGAGUGUUUGUAGGAGUGUAGCUAUUUUAUCUUACAGCUUUUGUGUUCCAUAUUUUAUCUAGCUUUUAGUUAUUAGUUUUUACUUAAAAAUUUGGAAGUUAUGUCAGAUAUUGGCUCUUGGAUACUGUCCAUGUAAUUAUAGUUGUCAUUGGCCUGCAUGGCCUUCCCUCUUCCAACCACAGUUCUCACAAGUGGGAGUAUGGUUGGAAUGGAAAUUAAGGGGUUUUUCUCCAUCAUCAGUUUCUGUGAGCAAAUGACCCUGAAAAAAUCUGUUAUGUGUCAAAAAUUAUACCAUUUUAGUGGUUCUAAGUGAACCAAAAUGUUCUGGUUUGAAUAUAUUUCACUGUUGUCAGUCGCCUCUAUUUAAAUGCCUCCUGCAAUCUGAACUGCAUACUGUAAAAAUUCAAGUCAUCUGUCUAGCACAACAAACAGUAAAAUCAGAACUUGGAAAGGGUCAGGGUUCUCAGCUCUGAGGUGGUUUUGAGUGCUUUAAUGCUCUCAGUUGCAAAAAGGGACUGUAGACGUGAUGAUGUGGUGCUGCCUUGUUUGCCUGCGUGUGAGAGGUUUGUCUCUACUGACUUGUUGAGGUGCAAAUUUCACUUCAAAGUCACCUCCUGCUUUAUCACUUGGUGUAUGUUCCAGUUUCCAAGGCUGGACUAAUUCACUGGUUCAAUCCUAAGUAUUUAUCUUUGAAGAUACUUGGAUACUGAUUUUUUAUAUGCAUCAAUCCUGUGUGGUCAUCCUAAGAGAAUCUGAUCUUGGAGUCCAUUUUCACUGCAUCCAAAUUUAUAUUUCUUUUGUUAUUAAGUUCUGGCAAAUUUAAAAUCCAAACACAAAGAAGAUUCUGGGAGAAUGGAACAGAAAUACAGGAGCUGUUGUACUCCUGAUUUUUUUCUGCUUGACUGAAGACAGGUUUGGAAAUACUGCUGCACUACUUGACUUGGCUGAAUGCUGUCAGGACUGCCAUCAAAUCUUGUUCCCAAUCAAGUCAGACUCCACUCUUUUUAAGAGAGACCACAGUUUUAAACAUUGCUUUAGCAUUGGUAUGUACUGCUGUUGUGGUAAUACAGUGACUAAAUCUGGUUUUGUUGAUAAUUCUCUAAAAUAUGAAGGCUAGAAGCUGAUUUGCAGAGCUCUGCUUGACCAAACAUCGUUCCCUCCUUUAUGAAGUAGCAGCAACAGGCUCACAGAUGUUCCAAAUUGUGUGAAUGACAGAAGUCAGCCCUUUUUCAAAUAGCAAAAUUCAAUCUAAAAAGCUUUUCCAGUGCGUUUAUCCAAGAGCUACUGUAACAAGGACAUAUUUAAUUAAGCGUUUCUGAUGAUUUUUUUGUUGUUGUUAUGAGAUAAAAUAUGAAACUAUGUUAAGAAUGUCAACAAAUGUUAUUAGUUUUUCUCCAGCACUAUCGACAUUUUGACAUGCAAAAACAUUUUUGAUGGGAAUGUUUAGAUACCAAAAUACUGUUAGGGUGUUCUCCUAGGAGUUCAAAGUUAAUGUGUACUCUGUUGCCUUAAGAACUCUGUUUUGUGCACAUUUUUUACUAAAGGCUGCACAAGUGUAAUCCUUUAAUGUGACACGAGAGCCCCAAGUAUCAGUUGGCUGUUUGAGAGGGCUCAGUAGUUUCUGAGCUGAGCAGGCCUAGAGAAAGAGCCUCCAGCCCAGUGUGCAUGUCAAGCAGCAGCCAGUCCAUAAUUCAGUUUGAGGGAAGUGUGGCCUCUGUGAGAAAUUAGGGAGAAAUGGAAGAAAUUGCUGCAGAGGCCUUUUGAGCACAUCUGCUGACAGAGCUGGCUGUGCCACUCACCAUAACAUUGUCCACCAAGAUAAAGGGAGCAAAAUCAUCUUCCAUGAGCCUCUUCCUGUCGUUGUUUCCCUGCUGGUUUUGCACCACGUUGAAAGGUAACAUUUUCUCAGGAUGUAUGACAGGUAUAUCACAGUAUUGAAAGUAUUCCUGUAUUCCUCUGGGAGGAACAUCUGGGUUAUGUGGUUGCUUCUGUAGAAUAUUGAUGUGAUUAAUAUACUCCUAUUUAAAAUCUAUUGCAUAGGCUCAAAUAAUUAGGGUGGAUAAGACAGAAAUCAGAAUUCCAGAAGCUGCUGUAGUGCUGAGCUGGCUCAGUGGGAGAACAGCUCUGGACAGACCUGAAUCCAUGUUCUUGGCACGGAGUUUCUGGCCAGAGUUAUUGGUGUAAAUAAAGUUAUUGGUGAUAAAAGGAGUAAGGCCUGGGAUUCAAAAACAUGGUGUUUGCUUAAAUGGGUAGUUUUGGAUGUGACUUUACCUCAAGUUGCUCUUGCUUUUAUAGCCAUGGCCACUGCUGGGGACAGAGGGGGUGAGCAAUCCCUCCAAAUGGCACACCCAAAACGACCGCCCGUGUGGACUCUUCCUUUUAUGUGAAUAAUGCUGAGGUUGCAGAUACUGUCAGAAUGACAGUUUCUUCAGCUCUGAUGUUACUUUACUUCCCAAAGCCUUUUCUGGGGGCUGAAGGAGGCCUGGGAGGGAGAGGACUGUGUUUUUUGGGACAAGGGUUGGAUGGUGUCACUGCUGUGUCAGGGGCACCUCCGAGCCAAGUGAGGAGGUGACAGCAGUGAGGAGCAGGGCUAAAGUUUGCACCACCAUCCUAAGGCAGUGGGUGAUUUCUUGGAGCUGUUCCACUUACAUUAAAAACCUGAAAGUGCUCUUUAUAUGUGGGAGAUGUGCUGUUAUUAGGUGCUGUUAAUGAGUAGGUUUCUAGGGAGCUUAGGGGAAGGUGGAGGAGGGAACUGGGAGGUUGUUAGAACAUAAGGGACAGGUUUGCUGCCAUACUGAGAACACAACUGAUUUAAAAAUACAGGCUUUACAGAUAAAAUAUGAUGCUGACCUCAGCAAUAUGGAAAUGUGCUCCAACUUAAGUACCUUUGCUGUCACUCAGUGCCUUCUUUGAUACAAAAAAUCUUUACUGCCAAUGGAAAUCUCUGCAGAGAUGUAGCAACUAAUGUUUAAUACUUACUACAAAAUUUUGUCAGGCAUCUGUGUAGGAACUGCUAUCCAUGCUGUGCCCUUGGAGGGAAGCAUUCCAAGUCUUUCUGUCCCACCUGUGAUCAAACAUGCAGGGAAAAGUGGGAGGGGGUCAGGUUGGCUCUCCCUCCUCUGGACUGAGUGAGCAGUUACAUGAAAAAGCAGGAGUUUUCACUGGCAUGUUACAGGGGAAUAAAACACCCUUGCCCCUUUCUGGGAAUAUUAAGGAGCUGGUCAGAUGUGUGGAAGAUCAUUCUGAACCUUGUAUGGGAUGACAUAAGAAAAUGAUGCUAAAAAUACAGAGUUUGGGUGUAGGUUUGUCCUGCCAUUCUUGUUUUCAGAAGGGCUGGAGCCUGGCAGCCACAGCAGCAGGAAUCCUUUCCAGGAGGGUUUUUGCACAUCAUCUUCACCGUGGAAAGGUUGUUGAAAUAGUGUAAUUGGGUGUAUGUUUUAUGACAGCAGUGCUAAAUGCCUGUUAGCAACUGUAGGUAAGUGCUCUUGGAUGAUUUUAACUUAAUUGGGACAAGACUUUAUGCUGGGUAUGUUCUGUGCAAGUGAGAGCAUUCAGCUUUCUUCUCUUGUGAAGCAAAAAAAAUGCAGCCCAGCAUGCAGCUGGUAGAGCCAAUGUCUGCAGGGAAUAAAUGGUCUCUGUAAAAGCUUUCCAGUUAAACAGAAUACAGAACAGAAGUUGCUCUGAAGAAAAUCAGUAGCAUCAGUUAAGUGGUGCUUUUCUACCUCAGUAUUGAAUAAAUAAUGUUAUUUAAAAAACAAACAACAAAAAAAC